AUGAAUAAGGAAAAUAACUAUAUUAUACGCACAAUUAUACGCUCUCCCAUAGUAAAUUUUGUUUUCUGUGGAGCUUUUAGAAGCCCCAAUGUACAAGAUAUGAUAUUAAUCAAGGAAGAUUCUAUUGAGCUAUAUUCAAUCUCAACGAAUGGAAUAACAAGGUGUAUUAGCAAUCAGCCGCUUUUUAGUAGAAUUAGAGAUGCAAAAAUCUUAAAAACUAUUAAAAAAAUGAAGGAAACAGGAAAUAAAGAUAUAAAAGAAGUAGAUUUAUUAGUUACAACGAAUGAAGCAGGAUAUAUGUCAUUUUGUGUAUAUGGAUUAAGUCAAAAGAAUGAAUAUACUAAAAAAAAUUGUCAGAAUAUUAUAAUUGAAACAUUAAAUAUAGAAAACAGGUUUUAUAUUAUUGAAGAAGUAAAAAUAUCGAAUUAUGGGAGUAAAUUAAGAAAUAUGGGGUAUAGGAUUGCAUUAGAACCAGAAAUGCGUUUUAUUGCAUUAACAGAUGCUCUAAAUACUAUAGAAAUAUUUCGUUUAAAUCCUUUUAUUAAAAAAAAAGAAAGUUUUAUUAUAGAAAGAAUUAAGGAGAAUCUUUUUGGUACAAUACUACUUAUGGAAUUUAUCAAAUACUUAAUAACAGAUAAAUUUUGUUAUUUAGUAUUUUAUAUAAUUAGUAGUGAAGAAAAAUCAUAUAUUACAUUAUGUCGAUGGAAUAGCGAAGAGCCUUUAGUUUUUAUUGAUUUUUCGACAUUAAUAUCGUUACCAUUAUUCUCAGAUAUAUCUAUACCUAUAUAUCUCAUACCCUUCUUUAAUUCAUCAGGUGAUUUUUCUCUCAUAUAUAAUAAUAGAAUAAUUUAUAUAUCUGUUAUGCAAUUUUUUUCUAAAGAUUCAAAUUUCAAAUGUUUUGAUAUAAAACAUAAAGGAAUAGUAACUGCAUAUGCAAUUGAUGAAAAUGUAUAUGAAGAUACAAAUAUUUUAUAUCUUGGAACAGAUACAGGUGAUUUAAUUUAUAUAAAAAUUAAAAAUCAAGAGAUUGAACAUUUAAAUCUUGGAUCAAUUAAGCCUGUUGGAAAAGCAAUGGAGAUAAUAAGUUCAUUAACUAUAUCAGAACAUUUAAUUUUUAUUUCUGGAGAUAUGUGCGACAAUGGAAUUUAUCUAGUCAAUUCUCUAUUUCAAGCAGAUAAUAAUAUAUCUAAUGAAAUUUCAAAGAAUACAACACCAAUACUUAUUCAAAGUUUUCCAAAUUGGUCACCUGUUUGUGAUUUUAAAGUUUUAGAAAAAGAAACUAUUUCAAUAAAAGAAACACAAAUGCAAAAUAAAAAGAACAGACUCUAUUUAUGUGCAGGGAGAACUCCAGAAGGAAAGGUGGCAGAACUAAAAACUGGAAUAAAAGCAAAAACAAUUUUACAAGUUCAAGAUUUUGACGGAAUCGAAAACUUCUGGAUAUUUAAAAGUAAUAAGCUGGAUUCUAUUUAUAUAAUUAUUUCAUUUCCAUGGCAAACACAAUUAUUAGAAUUAACAAAAAUGGGAGAGUUAUAUGAUAGAAGCAAUAAUUCUCAAUUAGAACAAGAAACAUCUACAAUUUCAGCGGGAUUAUUUAAUGAUACACAUAUUGUUCAAAUAGUUCAAAAAAAAAUAAAAAUAUUUCCAUUACCUGAUUUUCAAAAAUUAGAUUCUAAAACACACUUGUUGCAUAAUGCACAGUUUGUCAUAUCUUCAUCUAUACAUAAUUCUAUUAUAACAAUAUCAAUGAAAGCUGAAGAUUCUAUAUUAAUAUAUUUAAUAAAAUUAAGUAUCACUGAACAAAGCAUAAUUACUUUAACUGAAGUAGGUGAGCCCAUUAAAAUUGUUGAGGAGCCAUCUACUAUAACUAUGGUUAUUGCUCAAGACGUUAACUCUAGAUCUGAUUUAGAUAUUAAUCCAGAUUCUGAAAAUAUCAAACCAUCAGUAUUUUUACUUAUUGGUACUCAUAAACCAUCUUUUAUUAUAUUUGAAUUAUCAUCUAUUGAUAAAAUAUUAAUGUCAGAGAUCUCUUUAGAAAAUUUUACCAAUUUGGCUGAUUCAAUUCCUGAAUCUUCAUGUCUACUAAAAACGUCUACCAGUCUGAUACUUUUGCUUGGACUAAGAAAUGGAUUACUACUUAAAUGGGAAAUUAAUCAUAUUAACGAAAAUAUUGAAUUAAAUUUCAUAGAUCUUAAUAUUUUUGGCUCACUUCCAUUAAAAUGUGUAUCAAAUUCUCAAUUAUCAACAGCGUAUAUAGCAGGAGAGGAAAUCUGGAUGAUAAAUUCACAUAAUAAUACAAUGGAAAUCAAAGAAAUUGUAUUGGAUCAUCAGAUUAAAACUCAUCCGACUUUAAUACUUCCUUUUAAUGAUCUUUUACAGCAAUAUGAAAUAAAAUCCUUUGCUUGCAUAUCAAAAGAAACAUUUCUGAUAGUAGAAUUGGACGAUUCAGAAUCUGUAUGUAUACAAUAUAUUAAUAUUAAAGAAAAUUCCCGAAGAAUAUUAUAUGAUAAUAAUUUAAAACUCAUGGUUGUUGCAUCUGAUUUAUCAUCUUUGACAAUUGAUGAUUCACUUUUAAGUAAAAGAUUUCAAAAUAGUUGUGAUCUUAAAUUCAUAAACUUAUCAACGGGAACUAUAGUAUCUAAUAAUCCAUUGCUUGACAGCAAAACCGAGGAAUAUAUUUUUGAUACUCAAGAAACCAUAUAUGCACUAUCAGAUUGGACAAUAUUUUAUAAAAAUAAAUCAUAUUACCACAUAAUUGUUGGGACAUCUAUAAUUGAUUUAUCUGGUACUCUUAAAGGAAAUUUACACAUUCUUGUGGCUUCUUAUAAACAAGAAAAAGUUCAAAUAAAGAGAAUAAAUAAAAUAUCAUUAGAUAAUCCUGUUUAUUCUAUUUCACCCAUUGGGAAAUAUGGAAUUGCAUUUUCAUCAAAUAAUAUUAUUUUCAUAAAACAAUUUGAUGUAGAGACAAGAAGGUAUAAACUCGAAUCUCCUGUUAUAUCAAUGAAAAUAAAAAGCAAUAUAAUAUAUGCAUCAUGUCAAAAAAACUCUGUCAUUGUGUUAAGUUAUGAUCCAAUAAAGAAUUUUUUAAAGCCAAUUAUGAAUGAUACAACACCACGACUAUCUUUAGAUAAUUUUAUAAUUGAUGAUAAUAUAUUUUGUUCUGAUAAAGAAAGAGGACUUGUCUGUUUAACCGAAGAUUGUUAUCAAGAAAGACGUCUUAAUUUAGAUUUUUCAGUAAAAUUACCUACUUCUAUUUCUAAAUUUCAAAAAAUAUCUGGAGAAAAAUACUAUCACCCAUUUAUUAUUGGGAGUGGAAUUAAUGGUUCAUUUUAUUCAAUAAUGUCAUGUCCAAAAGAUGAUUUUGAGAUUUACCAAGUAUUAAUAUCUUCUUGGUUACAAUUCUUCAAUACUAAUUCACUUUUGGACAAAGAAAAAUUUCCAAUACAUGGAGAAAGCUGUCUUGAUGGUGAUUUUUUGGAAAUAAUUAUUUUAUAUGAUUGGGACAAUAUACCAAUUUUAUCAACUAUUCUUUCAAAUUGUCAUGAUGAUUUAAAAAAAGAUUACAUAUUAAAAAUAAAAUUACUUCGUUCUAUAUUUUCUCAACCUAUUUUUUAG